AUGCCACCAAAGUUCGACCCAACUGAGAUUAAAAUUGUCUACCUUCGUUGUGUUGGAGGAGAAGUUGGAGCCACUUCCGCUCUCGCCCCAAAGGUCGGACCGCUGGGAUUGUCGCCAAAGAAGAUUGGAGAAGACAUCGCUAAGGCCACCCAGGACUGGAAGGGCCUUAAGGUCACUUGCAAGCUCACCAUUCAGAACCGUGUUGCUAAAAUUGAUGUCGUCCCAUCCGCUGCUUCGCUCAUCGUUAAGGAGCUCAAGGAGCCACCACGUGACCGCAAGAAGGUUAAGAACGUGAAACAUAAUGGAGACUUGACGAUUGACACCAUCAUAAAGAUUGCUAGAAUCAUGAGACCACGCUCAAUGGCAAAGAAGCUCGAAGGAACCGUCAAGGAGAUCCUCGGAACCGCUCAAUCGGUUGGAUGCACCAUUGACGGACAGCACCCACACGAUGUAAUUGAAUCCAUCGCCAACGGAGAAGUUGAGAUCCCGUCCGAGUGA